AUGCUGCUGAAGGCUGCGCUGCUCCUCUCCGUCCUGGCCAUGCGCCCCAGGGGCUCGGGGGGCUCAGGGGGCAGCAGGGCUGGCUGGGCAGCGGCACAAGCCCCGCUCCCACCCGCAGCAGCCCCGGCCAGGCCGGCGCAGAGCGGCCUCUGGGAGUACCCGAGCCAGCUGACGGGGGACAAGGACAGCCGGGAGCACGGCAAGCUGGGCAAGGACCUCACGAACCUGAAGGACAGCAUCCAGGAUGGGGUCAGCUACGUGGGGCACUUCCUGGAGAAGCUGUCGCCCCUCAGCAGGGGCCCGCAGCCCCGGCUGUACGAGGACUCGGCCGGCCUGCGCAAGGCCAUCCGCAGGGAGCUGGACGGGCUGCGGCUGUGGCUGUCCCCGUACGUGGACGAGGCGCACCAGCAGGUCGGGAAGCAGCUGGACGAGCUCCGGCAGCAGCUGCGGCCGUUCACGGAGGAGCUCCUGGACCAGGUGUCCCUACGGGCCCGGGAGCUCCGGCGGCACCUGAUGCCCAGCCGGGAGGUGACGGCGCAGCUCCUGGACGGCGCCGAGGAGCUGCAGCGCUUCAUGGCUCACUACAGCGACAAGAUCGCCUUCCACACGGACCAGGUGAAGGACAUCUUCCACCCGUACGCGGACCGGCUGCUGACCGAGAUCCGCCGCAACGUGGAGGAGCUGCACCGCAGCGUGGCCCCGCACGCCCGCGCCAGCCCCGAGCAGCUCAACCAGCACAUCCAGGAGCUGUCGGCCAAGCUGACCCGCAACGCGCGGGACCUGCACCAGCGGAUCCAGAAGAAUCUGGAGCAGCUGAAGGAGAAGCUGAGCCUGUACCCCGGCAGCCUCGGGGGGCCCGCGCCGGCCCCGGGCCGCUCCCGGGAGGCGCUGGCGAAGGAGGUGCAGCGGCGCGUGGAGGAGUUCCGGCAGGACGCGUACGCCCAGAUCCGCGCCUUCACGCGGGCGCUGGACCAGGAGACGGAGGAGAUGCGGCUGAAGCUCAGCGCCCGCCCGGACCCGCCCGAGGAGCCGCUGGACGCGCCGCCGCCGCCCCUGGAGGACCUGCGCGCCCGGCUGGACGCGCUGUGGCGGGACCUGGCGCUGAGCCUGAGCGAGCGGGGCGGGGAGGGUGCCGGGGAGGGUGCCGGGGAGGGUGCCGGGGAGGGCCCGGGCGGGGCGGCGGGGCCGGGGCUGCGCCGGGGCUGA